AUGUCCCAGGAACAACAGAAGAAACAAGGCGGCGGCGUCCUAGGCGGCGUGACCGACACCGUGGGAAACACCGUCACGGGCCUGACUGAUACCGUCGGCAACACCGUCUCCGGCGUGGGCGAGGGCCUCGGCAAGACCGCCCAGGGCGCGACCAAGGGCCUUGGCGAUACGACCAAGGCUGUGGGCGACAACGUCAAGUCCGGCACGGAUUACAUUGGGGGGAAGAAGCAGACGGCUGAUAAUCCGUUGGGGUUGUAG